CAGAGUUAUUGUUCUUGCAGGAAGUUGAUGAAAAAUAUGGCGACAUCAUGAAAAGAAAAACAGAUACUGAAUAUCCACUAUUACAGAAAUUUGCCACCUUUUAAACUGGAAGAUGGGAUAUGAAGUAAACAGAUUUCAGGGAGAUGUUGAUGAGGAACUUAUAUGCCCAAUUUGUAGCAGUGUUUUAGAAGAACCCUUACAGGCUCCAGCGUGUGAACAUGCCUUUUGUGCAGCAUGUAUACAGGAGUGGUUGACUCGUCAACCUACCUGCCCUGUGGAUAGAAACCCCAUCACACCCAACCAACUUAAACCCGUCCCUCGGAUCCUACGUAAUCUACUGUCUCGCCUCCAGAUCACAUGUGACAAUGUCGGAUACGGCUGUACAGCUGUGGUCAAACUGGACAUGUUAGCAGCACACCUGCAAGAAUGUGAACAUAACCCAAAGAAACCAGUCCAUUGUGAACUUGGAUGUGGUCUUGUUGUGCCAAAAGAUGAACUUAAGGAACAUAAUUGUGUGAGGGAGUUACGGAACCUUGUACAACAGCAGCAACACAAAAUGGCAGAAAUGCAAACAGAAUUGACAGAACACAAAUUACAAAUAAAUGAACAAAAACGAGAAUUACAGCUUUUAAAGGAAUACAUGAGAUCAAUGCGAGUAUCCAAUCCAAGAAUGAGAGAAAUACAAACAGAAAUGGAACAUGCUGAUGUUAUCAGAUGGAGUACUAGUUUACAGGCUGCCAGAGUAACUCGUUGGGGUGGAAUGAUAUCAACACCUGAUGCUGUUCUACAAGCUGUCAUAAAACGGGCAUUAAUAGACAGCGGUUGUCCAUCACAUAUUGUGAAUGAAUUGAUGGAGAAUGCCCAUGAACGACGAUGGCCGACUGGACUUAGUACUUUAGAAACAAGACAGCUUAAUAGACGACAGUAUGAAAAUUAUGUGACUAAAAGGAUUCCUGGUAAACAAGCAGUUGUGAUGAUAGCGUGUGAAAAUCAACAUAUGCCAGAAGAUUUAAUAAUGGAACCAGGCAUUGUCAUGAUAUUUGCUCAUGGAGUAGAAUAAUCCUUGUUAAAAUGUGAUAGUGACGAUCUGAUUUAACCAUGACAGACAAUAUUUAUAAUGUUAUUGUAAUCAAUACUGUAGCUUUUUAGCUGCUUAAUUUUCUUGCUGUUUACACAUGAAAUGUGAAUUUAACCAAUUUUAUUGUUAAUUUUGAGGGGGGAUUGUACAUAAUGAUGUACAUAAGAUGCAUAUAUAUAUAUGUAUAAAUAAUUAAUUGUAUUUAUUUUUAUGAUUGCUCUAUAUCACUUGUGUCAAUAUAUAAAUUAUAUAUAAAUUUUGAUCAAUUUUGGAAAAAUAGCUUGACAGCUUUAGGGGUUUCAAAAUUAUGACUUACUUGGUAUUUACCUGUCUAAAAAACAUUUAUGCGCCGCAUGAAAUUCCAUGAUUUUAAAAUCUCUCUUAUGUUUUUAGUUACAUAUUAGGGGUGUUCCAUUAAAAUAUAUAUACUAUAGUAAAAGGUCAUGUGUUAAAAAUAAUUUCAGGAAUGGAAGGUUCAGGACCUUGGCAUUAUACAAAUUGAUGGCCCAUCUUUAAAAUUAAAGGUCAUGAACCUGAGACUCAUUAAUUUGAACACCUGAAAAGUAACGUUGAGUAGUGAUACUCUGAAGCCAGGAUUUCAUAAUUUUGACAAAUCUUAUUGAAAUUUACCUAAGGGUUCAGAUACUUUCAUCAGAGAUUAUUAACAUUUAUUAUUCCAAUAACUUGUAUAUUUCUUAGACAUGACAAACAGUAAUUGGUGUAGAUUGUUGUAGAUAGCUUAAUUAUACUGCAGGUAUGAAAAGUGGGAGAACCUGUACAUUUGUUUUCAUUUUCAAGUCUGACAAAACAUGAUAUAGCCAAGUUUGAUGAAAAAAAAUCAUCUCUAUGUUGUGGACAUACUCAGCAAAGAUUCCAUUUUAUUGCUAAAAGUUUGGUCGAAAAGGCAAUCAUAUUACCAAACAAGGUUUAUAGAUUGACUGUUUUUAGGGAAUUUUGGUAACAGCUUAAAAACAUAUUGAAUUAGGGGAGAAAAGAGUCAAAUUGCAUAAUAGACAAUUUUUUUUUAUAUAUCUAUACUUUUUAUCUUUUGUUUAAUUUAAAGUUGGAAAAGAUUAAAAAAAAAAUUGAUUAAUUUAUUUAACAAACUCAAUUGUCUAUAAAAAAGCUAUCUCUAUUUAACUUGAUUUCAAAUAGCAAUGGUUAUUUACAUAACAUUGAACAUUUUUUGUCUUUAUAUUUUAUGUUUAGUAUUUUUAUCUUUAUUCCUUUAAAGAAGAUUACCAAUGGCAGAAUAGUAAAUCUAAGAAAAAACUUGACCAUGUAUAUAUAUAUAUAUAUAUAUGUACCACAUACAAUGCAGUGAAUUUUGUUUAUAUGUAUUUUUUAUUUAUUUUAUUAUAUAAACACACAUGUAGACUAUAUACAGAAAUAUUAGAAUGUCACAAGCUGAAUAAUAAUUAUAUUCCUAAAUAUUUGCGAUCUGAUUCAAUACAGAUGCAUGCAUUGCUUCCGAGGAUCUGACAUCAAUCCAUUCUACUUUCUGUUUUAAAGACAUUUCGGGAUCCUCUGCUUUUAUAGUAACGAUUCACUAGGCUGUCAUUUCAUUGGCUGAUGUAAUAAUCAACAAAAUAGAAAGUAGAAUGAAGUGUUGUCAAAUCCUUGUUAGCAAAGUGUGGAUACAGGAUGUGUAUUUAAAUCAGAUUGAAAUAUUUGAAAAUGAUAAGCAUUUUGAUAACAUAUCAUGGUUUCGUAGAGCUGCUAUGUUGAAAGCAUUUGUUAUGUAUAAUAACCACAAUUCUGUCAUAAACUGAUUCUCAUCUACUUUUAGUAAUUGAUUUCUAUUGUUUUAUUUUAAUGCUGAUGAUGAUCCGUAGAUAAAAUUAAUGCAAUAAAUAAUGUAUAAUGGAAAGGUGGAAA